UUCCAGUACAGCAAUGGCGGCACCGGGAGCAACGACGGCCGUUGCGGCGGCGGCGGCCUCGGGGGUCGCGGGGGAGGGCGAGCCCGGGCCUGCGGUGAGUGCGGCGGUCGAGGGAGCCGCCCCGUCCCCGGGCCGCGUCUCCCCGCCGACCCCGUCCCGCGGCGAGCCGGAAGUCACCGUGGAGAUUGGGGAAACAUACCUCUGCCGAAGACCGGAUAGCACCUGGCAUUCUGCUGAAGUGAUCCAGUCUCGGGUGAAUGAUCAGGAGGGCCGAGAGGAAUUCUAUGUGCACUACGUGGGCUUUAACCGACGGCUGGAUGAAUGGGUAGACAAGAAUCGGCUGGCGCUGACUAAGACAGUGAAGGAUGCUGUGCAGAAGAACUCAGAGAAGUACCUGAGCGAGCUGGCUGAGCAGCCUGAGCGCAAGAUCACUCGCAACCAAAAGCGCAAGCACGAUGAGAUCAACCAUGUGCAGAAGACCUAUGCGGAGAUGGACCCCACCACUGCAGCCCUGGAGAAGGAGCACGAGGCGAUCACCAAGGUGAAGUACGUAGACAAGAUCCACAUUGGGAACUACGAGAUCGAUGCCUGGUACUUCUCCCCAUUCCCUGAAGACUAUGGGAAGCAGCCCAAGCUCUGGCUCUGCGAGUACUGUCUCAAGUAUAUGAAGUUCGAGAAGAGCUACCGCUUCCACCUGGGCCAGUGUCAGUGGCGGCAGCCCCCCGGGAAGGAGAUCUACCGUAAGAGCAACAUCUCUGUGUAUGAGGUGGAUGGCAAAGACCACAAGAUUUACUGUCAGAACCUGUGUCUGCUGGCCAAACUUUUCCUGGACCACAAGACCUUGUACUUCGACGUGGAGCCCUUUGUCUUCUACAUCCUGACCGAGGUGGACAGGCAGGGAGCCCACAUCGUCGGCUACUUCUCCAAGGAGAAGGAGUCGCCGGACGGGAACAACGUGGCCUGCAUCCUGACCUUGCCCCCCUACCAGCGCAGGGGCUACGGCAAGUUCCUCAUUGCUUUCAGUUAUGAGCUGUCCAAGCUAGAGAGUACCGUGGGCUCCCCAGAGAAACCACUGUCGGACCUGGGCAAGCUCAGCUACCGCAGCUACUGGUCUUGGGUCCUGCUGGAGAUCUUGCGAGACUUCCGGGGCACACUAUCCAUCAAGGACCUGAGCCAGAUGACCAGCAUUACCCAGAACGACAUCAUCAGCACCCUCCAGUCCCUCAACAUGGUCAAGUACUGGAAAGGGCAGCACGUGAUCUGCGUCACACCCAAGCUGGUAGAGGAACACCUCAAAAGCGCCCAGUAUAAGAAACCGCCCAUAACAGUGGACUCUGUCUGCCUCAAGUGGGCCCCUCCCAAGCACAAGCAAGCCAAACUCUCCAAGAAGUGAGCAGCCCGCGCCGCCGCCGCCGCCGCCGCCCUGCCCACCCUGGCCCCAGCCUGU